AUGGCCCGGCUGAAGCUGUUCUCCUGGUUCAAGAACGGCAAGCCGUUCCACUGGCAGGUGUACGACAAGCGGAUGUCGAAACAGCCCGACCGGGGUACCCUGGUGAUCACCUCACCUAGCGACGAGGACAUAGGAGCGUACCAGUGCAAAGCGACCAACGAGCACGGCACGGCUACGUCCAACUCCGUGCACGUCCGGAAGUCGGACCUGAACUCGUUCAAGGUGGCGCCACCGGUCACCAUGUCAGCUAACGAGGGAGAGCCGAUAGUGCUCAACUGCGAGCCGCCGGAGGGCUACCCGGCGCCCCUGGUGCACUGGAUGUACCAGGGUGACGGCGGCUCUCUGUCGAGCAUCAACUCCUCUCGGAAGACGGUGGACCCUUUCGGAAACCUGUGGUUCAGCAACGUGACCCUGAAGGACGCCAGCGAGGGCUUCGUCUACGCCUGCUCGGCCACGUCACCCUUCCGGAGCGAGUACAAAGUCGGUAACCGCGUGAGUCUGAACGUGCUGCGCACGGGCAGCGUCAGCUCCAAGAACAAGCGGCAGCCGACGGAGCAGUACGUAUCGCCCAAGAACAUCGCAGCCAUCAAGGGCAGCACAGUCGAGAUCUGGUGUAUCUACGGCGGAACGCCGCUGCCACGCACCCAGUGGCAAAAAUCCAACGGGCCGCUAGACCUUAGCGACGGACGCAUCAAGAUGAACAACUUCGGAAAGUCGCUGGUGAUCCGGAAUGUGGACUUUAGUGACGAGGGCGAGUACGUGUGCACGUCCAGUAACGGCGUGGGCACGGCGCAGACACGCUCCUUCAAACUGCGCCUCGAGUCCGUGCCCGAGUUCACCAAAGAGCCCGAGGUGAAGAACGCUGCCGAGGGCGAGACGGUGGUGUUCGAGUGUGACGCCGUCGCCGUGCCCAAACCGGACAUCAAGUGGACGCACAACGGCCUGCCGCUGAGCGAGGCCGAGCCCAACCCGCGCCGCAUCGCCACCCCCAACAAGAUCACCAUCCGCGACCUGCGCAAGUCGGACACGGGCAACUACGGCUGCAACGCCACCAACAACAACGGCUAUGUCUACAAGGACGUGUACGUGAACGUGUUGGAGCUGCCGCCGGAGAUCGUGAAGCGGCCGCAGGACGUGGCCACGGUGCAGGGCACGGACGUGGAGAUGGUGUGUGAGGUGUUCGGCGCGCCUCUCCCGGAGGUGAAGUGGCUCUACGGAGGGGAGGACGGUGACGAGAGGACAGGGGGACGGUUCCAGACCGCUCCAGACGGCACGCUCACCAUCAAGCGCGUCUCCUCGUCGGACGCCGGUACCUACAUGUGUCUGGCCACCAGCCGACUGGGCAGCGACCAGGCAGAGGGAACGCUCGUCGUGAAAGAGCCGACCAAGAUCACACAGGGCCCGGAGGACUACCAGGUGGUGGCUGGCAACUCCGCCACGUUCCGGUGCACUGCCACUGUCGACCCGACCCUGGAGCUGAGCAUUGACUGGCUGGCCGACGGCGUACCCAUCAACUUUGAGACUGAGCCGAGGUUCAUCCAGACCUCGGACAACUCGCUGACCAUUACCAAGACGACCGAGCUCGACUCGAAGCGCUACACAUGUGUGGCCUCGACGGAGCUGGACAGUGCAGAGUCCAACGCUACGCUCAAGGUCGAGGACGUACCCAACGCGCCCGUCUUCAAACACGCCACCUGCAGGGAGCGUAGCGCCGACGUCGAGUGGGCCCCGAACGGCGACAACCGGGCGCCGAUCCUGCGCUACAUAAUCCAGUACAACACCAGCUUUACCCCCGACACCUGGGUGGAGGCGGCCGAGACCAAGAGCUCCGACAACAGCUACGUGGUGUCGCUGAGUCCGUGGUCCAACUACACCUUCCGAGUGAUUGCCGUCAACCGCGUGGGACCGUCCCUGCCGUCCGGCCACUCGGAGGUGUGCACGACGCCGAAAAAUCUGCCCGAGAAGAACCCGGAGAAUGUGGAGGGUCGCGGCACGGAGCCCGACAACCUGGUUAUCCGCUGGACGCCGAUGUCUGAGAUCGACCACAACGCGCGCAAGUUCCGCUACCGCGUCUACUGGAAGCGUAACGACACGGAUGACGAGUGGAACCAGGAGGUGGUGACCGACUGGCGCCGCAGCCACCUGCUGAUCCCCAACCAACCCACCUACGUGCCGUAUCGGAUACGGGUGGAGGCACAGAACGAGCUGGGCGAGAGCAAGGUCUCGCCCGUGGAGGUGAUCGGAUACUCCGGAGAGGACGUACCGACGGCGGCGCCAACUAAUUUCCGUCUGGUGCAGAUCCACGACGGCAAGCGAGCCACCUUCUCCUGGGACCCGGUGGACAACAGCACCCUGCGCGGAGAGUUCCUCGGUUACCGGAUUCAAACAUGGACGGAGAGUGAAGGACGCGAAAAGAUGCGCAAAAUGUCCUUCGAGUCGACGGCCACCAAGGGCCUGGUGGACAAGUUCAAGCCUCACGCGCGCAACAAGGUGCAGAUUCUGGCGUUCAACCGGGCCUACGAGGGUCCGCCCAGCGAGGUGAUCACCUUCAACACGCCAGAAGGACGACCCAGCGCCGUGGACUCUCUGGAGGCCAUCCCGAUGGGCUCAUCUGCCUUCUUCCUCAUCUGGAAGAAGCCUCUCGAGCCGAACGGCAUCCUGACCGGCUACAAGAUCCAGUACCAGACGGUGCAGAACCUGACCAUGGGCCCCCUGCUGGACCGCACGCCGCAUAUCGACGAUCCGCGCGUCACGCGGGCCAAGCUGGCUACUCUGAAGCCGUCGACCAAGUAUCGGAUCCACGUGCGCGCGCUGACGGCCGCCGGAGAGGGAGAGGCGUACUUCAUUGAGCGCACCACGCGCGACCCGAUGCCCCGCCCGCCGGACCGUCCCAGUCUGGUCUGGUCACACGUGCCCAAUGACGACGGCACCGAGGGGAACAACCUGAAGAUCACCUGGCUGCCCAACACGCAGGGCCGGCCGGGCUCGCACUUUUUCGUCCAGUACCGCCGACACGGAGAGAGCGACUUCCAGAAGACCCCGCCCGAGUACUACAACGAUAGUAUCGUGCUGCGGGACCUGGAGCCCGGAAUGGUGUACGAGAUCAGGACUGUGUCCGUGGACGGCGUCUACUACCAGGCCUCGGAUAUUGAGGAGGUGGAGACCUACUCUCCGAACGCUCCGUACGCUCGUCCCGUCGAGUCCGUCCACACCUCGGGCUGGUUCAUCGCCAUGAUGCUGGCCGUGGCACUGCUGCUUCUGAUCCUGGUCCUGGUCUGCAUCGUGCGCCGCAACCGCGGAGGAAAAUACGACGUUCAGGACCGCGAGAUCGCGCACGGGAGAGGAGACCUCUACCCGGAGGAUGGCUUCCAGGAGUACCAGCAGCCGCUGGAGGCGAAGAUGCCUCCGGGCGGUCGCGGCAGCGUCAGCUCGGACGUCAAACACCCGCACGAGAGUGACACGGACUCCAUGGCAGAGUACGGCGACGACCCGGCAGGCCGUUUCACCGAGGACGGCUCGUUCAUUGGUCAGUACGGCGCACAGAAGCGCAAAGGCUCGCCGCCCACGGGUGCCGCCUACGUCUAGUGAACGAUGAACGUCUCCGGGGAGAACUGCCGGCCUCGCGGGCACCAGGAGAGGGCGAAAUUCUCGCGAAAUUGCGCGGAAAUCGUGCGGAAAUCGCUCGCGUUUCGUGCGUAAGUCGUGCGAGACUGUGCUGCUGCGUGGCGUGGUGGGAAAGUGCUGGUGUUCGGAGGGGUGAGAAAGGACAGGAAAGGGCCGCAGAGGGGCCAGAAAACUGAUCUGAUCUGAUUUGAAAGAUCGUGCGUCCCAUCACUAGAUCUGAGAUUGAUUGAUCUGAGGCACCGAUGAUCUGAUGUCACGUCUAAGAUCUGAGAUGAAGGAUCUGAGACGAAGCGUCUACCCCGGGAUCUGAAGACGCGGAGAGAGAGAGAAAGAACGAUAGCAUUCCUGUGCGCUAUUUUACCGACCGCUUCUGCCGUACCCGUGCCGGCCUCGCGGCGCGGUCGCUGGCUGCGCCUGGCAGUGUUUCUGUGCAGCUAUGAUUGUUUCCGGCGCCGCUGCCGGGGCGUGACGCCUCCCGAUCAUGCCAGAUCAUGUCAUUCCUGUCUGGGCGAGCCUGUACAUACAUAUAUUCCACACACAUAUGCAUACCGCCACGUCGAGCGCCGCCAGAAGAGAUCUCCGGUGGUCGCGCUGGCACCGUUAUCGUAGCUCGUGACAAAGAUUGGCCAUUAGUACUUUUGGACCAUUAAGCAUUUGAGUUCUAUUCAGGCUUCGUCAUUAUCAUUUGAAUGUGUUCGUCUUUUUAUGACAGGCUCACGACUUCUGGCGCUGUGGAGCUGCACUUUUUACGGCGAACGGCAGCCAGCCGUCCCUUCGUGAGCGAGAGAGUUUAUAUUUAGUGAUGGCGUCGGUUUCGUGUUUUGUUGGUUAGUCCGUUACAUUAUCAAUUUUCCAUUUUUGGUAUGUCGGGCUCAGCAUGAUUUGGCUGAGCGUAUGUGUGUUGAUACAUUUGUAAACGAGGCGCGUGUUAAGUGCCUAGAGCGUUAGUUCUUCCGCGCGAGUCGGACAGGGUUCGGUCGGGGCUUGGCUGCCGCAGCCGCACCGUCGCUACGUCAGCGUUUGGCCGCUGUUUCGCUCACCGUUUCCGGCUAUCUGCACACUGUGUUCUCUUGUGUCGUUCGACGCGCGCGAUCCGCCCCGUUCAGUAUGUAGGUGUGAGAGUGACGUGCGUAUUUUGAUGUCAAAUAAACACAGUCCGAACGCCAA